AUGGGUAAGAGACUUAUUGUCUCUUGGAGGAACUGAGCAAGGUUAUGGUAAAGAAAAUAUAACACCGUACAUUCACAUACUAUGCUAUCAUCUAUCCUUCUUCUUAGAAGCAUCUGGAGUUAAGAGAUUUACUGGACAAGGGAUUGAAAAAACUAAUGACGUUCUCAGAAGAAUAUACCACCUGAAAAGUAACAAGCAUGAUGUUUGCAAAGAUGGCCUUUUAACAGUGAAAAGAAUGGAUGACUUACAAGACCGCGAACGCAGACCAAGGUCUUACACCAGAAAAAAUGAGAGAUACUGGAACGAAGAAAUAAAGGAAGAUCGCAGAAAGGGGAAACGAUUGAGUGUGAUAUCCAAAGAGACCAACCAACUUGAUGUCGACAACUUAACUGAUGAGCAAUUUGGAGAUAAACUCAAGCAGUUGAAAUGUAAAUCACGAAUCAAAUGCCCCAAGAAACCUAGUCAACUUCUCAAGGACAGGAUUUAUGCUGAAGAAAAUUCUAUUGGGGAUAUUUCUAUAGUCUUAACACAUAUAAAUGACUUUGGAUAA